GGGAGGACGAGGAGGAGGAGGGGAGGAAGGAGGUGGGGAAAGACCUGCUCCCAUUGCCAGGCUCGGCAGCAGCCUUGGCCGUGUCUGUGGGAGCCGCUCGCCCAACUUGUCGGCCUCGAGGGCGAGGGAGGCCACCUGGGGACCCCCCCUCACCGCCCAGGCCCCGUGGCUGUGGGGAGCCCAGCCCCGCUCACCCCUGGCCUGCGCAGCUGACACCGUCCCAACGCCCCGGGGCUCGCCGUGCCCCUGGCAAGGGGGUGUGGGUUCAGCGUGCCCCCCCCCGCCCCGGAUCCCGCCGGGAUGCCCGGAGCAUCGCUCCGCUAGCUCGACGCCAGGCCCCUCUCCCCGCCGCCGCUGCCGGCGGCCCUUUCCCCGCGGCGGGAUGGCCCCCGCCGCCCCGUGAGGGUCCCGGCUUCCCCUCCGGCGGGGGGGGGCUCGCCGCCGCCACCCCGCCAUGCUGCUGGGCCCCUGGCUGGUGGCGGCGGCGGCGGCGGUGUCGGUGUCGGUGUCGGCGGGCUGCCCGGUGCUGUGCACGUGCCGCGGGCAGGCGGUGGACUGCAGCGGGCAGCGGCUCUUCUCGGUGCCCCCCGAGCUGCCGCUGGACACCGGCAACCUCAGCCUGGCGCACAACCGCAUCGCCAGCAUCCCGCCGGGCUACCUGGCCUGCUACGGCCAGCUGCGGGCUCUCGACCUGCGCAACAACUCGCUGGCCGCGCUGCCGGCCGGGCUCUUCCUGGGCGCCCGGCGCUUGGCUCACCUCGACCUCAGCUACAACAACUUCAGCGCGGUGGGGGCCGACAUGUUCCUGGAGGCCAGCGGGCUGCUGCGCCUCGACCUCAGCCACAACCCCGGGCUGCGGCGGGUGCACCCCCAAGCUUUCCGGGGGUUGGCACAGCUGCGGGAGCUGGACCUCAGCUACGGGGGGCUGUCGGCCAUCAGCCUGGACGCGCUGGAGGGGUUGCCGGGGCUGGUGGGGCUGCGCCUGGGCGGCAACCCCUGGGUGUGCGGCUGCGCCAUGGAGCCCUUCCUCAAGUGGCUGCGGGGACGCAUCCAGCGCUGCGCCUCGGAUUCGCAGCUGGCCGAGUGCCGGGCCCCCCCCGAGGUGGCGGGGGCCCCCCUGCUCUCGCUGACGGAGGAGAGUUUCCAGGCCUGCCACCUCACCCUGACGCUGGACGACUAUCUCUUCAUCGCCUUCGUCGGCUUCGUCGUCUCCAUCGCCUCGGUGGCCACCAACUUCCUGCUGGGCAUCACCGCCAACUGCUGCCACCGCUGGAGCAAGGCCAGCGAGGACGAGGACGUUUAGGAUUGUUCCCCGCCGCACCGUGAGCUUGGACCCCCCCGCCCCCCAUUCCUGCUACCCAGGCGGCGGUUCGGGGUCCCAUGGGGGUCCCACGGGAACCUCCACAGCACCGGUCAGUGGGGGCCGCAGCCAGGGAGCACCCCCCCCCCGCUUGGCAGAGACACCCCAAAAGCAGUGUGCGCUUUGGGGGACACCGGCCACCCUCCCUGCGGGAAAACCGAGGAAAUCCCUGCUUUCAGCCCAAAAGCAGCACCGGUGCAGCCCCGCUGAAUCCUGCCCACACUCCCCGAAAAACUGGAGGAUGGGGGUGGGGGGGUCAAGCCUGGGACCCUGUGCCAGCACCCAGCUCGGCACCAUCGCUCCCGUGGGAGGGACCCGGGGGACGCCUGCGCCUUGCUGGUGACACCGGGCCGUGCCAGGACGGCACCGGGGCGAGCUGCGGGCGUCCCCCGGGGGUCUCGCGCAGGUUUGGGGCCAAACCGGGCCCGGCGGCUGCAGGACCCCGUCGCCUCGUCCCUGCUCGCCGGCGUGGAAAGGUUGGGAGGCCAAAGGAACGCCAAAAAAAAAAAAAAAAAAAGGACAAAAUCAAAAAAAAAAAAAAAUCAAAAAAAAAAAAAAAAUCAAAAAAAAAAAAAAAUCAAGCCAACGACCCCUCUGUCCAGCCGGGGUGGCCGCCAUCCCCGUGCGCGUUUCACACCGUCUCCGCGGCCAGCGUGUGUCAGGCACGGGAGUGGGGCUGAGGGGGGCUCAGCACCCCCCAAGAAGGGCCUGCCCGUGAGUUGUUUCGUUUUCUUGCCGCGUUUCCCCCCCCCCCGCGUGGAGGCAGAGUGUAAAUGUGGGUGCAGUUUAAAACCAAACCAACCAAAA